AUGUCUACUUCUUCCCAUAACUCCAAUAAUACGUCUCCCUCUCCUAUUAUUAAUGAAUCCAAUCAAAGGAGAUGCGCCGCGUGCAAGUAUCUACGGAGGAGAUGCUCUCGAGAUUGUGUACUUUCCCCUUAUUUUCCUGCUUCUUUGCCGCAUAGAUUCGCUUGUGUCCACAAGAUCUUUGGAGCUAGUAAUGUAGCUCGGAUGCUUCAGCAACUGCCAGUGCAUCAGCGGGCCCAAGCGGCGGAGGCAAUGUCGGCGGAGGCGUACUGGCGAGUGCAAGACCCGGUCUACGGGAGCGUCGGGGUCAUCAAUCUUCUACAGCAGCACAUCUACAUGAACCAACGCGAGCUCGCGAGGACGCGGGCCCAAAUUGCAAUACACCCGGCCGAACAAGAGGCCCAUGUAGCCUAUGGGCCGGCCCAUGAACCAGCCCAAUUUGAACGUUCCGCACCACAGGACAAUUUUGUCCGCGACACAACUUCAACUUCUCUAGAAUUCAACCAUCUGCCGGACAUUUCUUAAGGAACAUAUAUAUUCUCCUAAUUUGUUUUAUCAAGUUAUUUUGGAUGAUCGGAACUCUAAAUUGAUAAUUGUCACCUUUAAGAUUGAUCUAUACUAUUGUAUUGAAAAUACUUAGAAACAUAAUUUUAUAAUUUUUUAAAAAUCA